AUGGCCGCGAAUGCAACCAGCGUACACAACGCACGAUCGAACAGAGCGUCCAACAUGGGUUCAUCCGGGAUGAACGACCGCAACCGCAGCUCACAAAGCAACAGUGUCGGUAAAGGUUUCGGUGCUAGUAAGACUAGCUGGAAGAACAACAUCUGGGGUGACUCCAACCUAGGAGGAUUCGGAGAUGAACAACACCUCGGCGAGACUGCAUUCGAAGGAAAAUCUGGAUCUGGUUCCCUUCUCUCUACAUCAGAGUCAGACGGCUGGUCGGGACGUGCUAACCUGCCUUGGAGCACUGUCAACACCAACCCCUCCUUCCAGAAUAGAGGCCUUGCCACAUCCCCCACCCAGAUUCGUGCAAAUGACCGCAGUGCUCCUGCUCUCAACGAAGCUAGUGAUGGCUCUUACUUCGCUCUACCUCGCACCACUGGGACCGCGAGCCAGCGCCCCUACCUCAACACUAGUUCGGAGGGUGUAUCUCCAUCCGGAGAAGGCCUCACCUUCGGAGGAUUUACUGGUCGACGACAGAUGAACUCAACCGGUCUCGGUGGUAGCCCUGUGGGAGCGACUUUCCCUGUGAAGCCUGGAUUCUCGAACCCUCUCGAUGCUGGAAGCGGAGAUGGAAUGGGUACUUCAAUGGGCAUGCCAUCGCUGGGAUCUGGAAUUGCCGAGCACAUCUCUCCAACACAGGGCCGCAGCGGCCUAUCACACGCGUCUCACAACUCCGCCUCUUACACUACUCAACGACCCACUCACUCAGCUCAUCCUUCCUUCUACUCCGACAAUCACAGCAUCGAUGGCCGCUACAGCGGUGGCUCCAUGGACCUCAACGCCAGCUUUAACAAGCUACAGCUCAACGAAGCUAACUAUGCCUCCCAAGCGGCCCAGCGACCCUCGUUUAUUCCCCAUGCUUCCUUUGAUGGCUCCUUCCCGCGCGGAAAGUAUCAGAACAACGAAGACACUUACCAGGCACUGGGAUACACCGCAGAGGCUGCGCAGGAGAUGCACCUUGCUUACCAGGCACGAACCAGAGCUGCGAACACCGGCUCCAUCUCACCCUCCGACUAUGCCCGCAUGGAUAGCCCCAUCUAUCCCGGCGUGGACGGGGGUGCUCAGUAUCGCAAUGCAGCUCCGAGUGAAAGCCAAGUGGCAGCCUUUGAGCGCAGACUCCGAAACUUCCAGGAGCAGGAGCUUGCCCAAGGUUCCUCGCGAUUGCAGUACCCUCCUUCUUUUGACUUCCAAGCAUACCAGGCUUCUCGCAUGAAUGCAAUCUCUGGAUUCUACCCAGUAGGUCAUCUUAGUGGCCUCGGUGCCGCUGCUCUGGUCUCACGCACUCAACGCGAGCAUGAUCCUACCCAGGUUGUGCGCAGCCCUCUCCUAGAAGAGUUCAGGGCCAAUAGCAAGGGCAACAAGCGCUACGAGUUGAAGGACAUCUACAACCAUGUGGUCGAGUUUAGUGGUGACCAGCACGGCUCUCGCUUCAUUCAACAGAAGCUUGAGACCGCGAACAGUGACGAGAAGGAGCAGGUGUUCCGGGAGAUCCAGCCCAACUGCCUUCAGUUGAUGACCGAUGUCUUCGGCAACUACGUCGUGCAGAAAUUGUUCGAGCAUGGAAACCAGACUCAGAAGAAGAUUUUGGCCAACCAGAUGCGCGGCCAUGUUCUGGCCCUGUCGACCCAGAUGUAUGGAUGCCGAGUAGUCCAGAAGGCCCUGGAACACAUCCUCACUGACCAGCAAGCUGUGAUGGUCAAGGAACUGGAGAACCAUGUCCUCAAGUGUGUUCGUGAUCAGAACGGCAACCAUGUCAUCCAGAAGGCCAUUGAGCGUGUCCCUUCGGAGCAUGUCCAGUUCAUCAUCAAUGCGUUCCGCGGUCAGGUCAACAGACUGGCCGCCCAUCCUUAUGGCUGCCGUGUCAUUCAGAGAAUGCUUGAGCACUGCCAGGAGGUCGACCGCCAGUCCAUUCUGGCCGAGCUUCAUGCCUGCACUUCCAAUCUGAUCCCUGAUCAGUUCGGCAACUAUGUCAUCCAGCAUGUUAUCGAGAACGGCGACGAGAAGGACCGUACUCGCAUGAUUGACAUCGUUAUGGGACAGCUCCUGGCCUACUCCAAGCAUAAGUUUGCUAGCAACGUGGUUGAGAAGAGCAUUGAGUUCGGUGCAGAACAUGAGCGUAUCCACAUCAUCAGUACUCUAACCUCUUCGAACGACCGCGGCGAGAGCCCUCUCCUUGGUCUCAUGCGUGACCAGUAUGGCAAUUAUGUCAUUCAAAAAGUCUUGGGCCAAUUGAAGGAUGCCGAACGUGAAGCUCUCAUCGACCAGAUCAAGCCCCUUCUCAGCCAGCUCAAGAAGUUCAGCUAUGGAAAGCAGAUUGUCGCGAUCGAGAAGCUCAUUUUUGACCCCAACUCUCCUGCGACCGUACCUCUGUCUCACCCCACCUCUACCACUCCUCCCCACUCCCACAAAUCCUCCCCGCAACCCGCCAAGCGCUCAAUCCCGACUACUGAGCAGCCCCGGGCGCCUUUCAUGGGCAACGCUCCACCUACUCCUCCCCCGACGGAUGCUCAGACCACCGUCGAUACCACCCUCGAGUCGAAGGGCCUCGCCAAGAGCACGGUGACCUCGGUUUCGAGUCCCGAGACAGGCAACACCGGUGUUACCGUCCCGGUCGAUGUCACCAGUGCUCAUUAA